GACCAAUGGCGAGUUGUAUUCCCACACAAGCGCACAUUAACAUAGCGCACACAUGACACUGCUCAGGCGAAGCAAUGUGGUGCUUCUCCUUGCAGAGGAGGUGUCUCCACUCCUCGGUAUGUUUGAUGAAGACGUUAAAAGGUAAAAGUCCCGCCGAGCAGCGCUGGUUGCAGCGGCAGCUCAAAGACCCGUAUGUCAAAGCCUCUCACGCACAACACUUCCGCUGCAGAAGCGCCUUCAAGCUCCUGGAGGUGGAUGACAAGUUUCGGCUUUUACAGCCUGGAUACAGUGUGGUGGACUGCGGAGCUGCACCUGGAGCCUGGAGCCAGGUGGCGGUCCGGAGGGUCAACUCAGCCGGGACAGAUCCAGACUUACCGCAGGGUACGGUUGUUGGCAUUGAUCUGCUGAAUAUACCAACUCUGGAAGGUGCCAACUUCCUGUCCAGUCAUGAUGUCACUGACCCCGCCACGCACGCCAAGCUGCUGGAGCUGCUCCCCAACGGCCAGGCUCAUGUCAUUCUGAGUGACAUGGCACCCAACGCCAGCGGUUUCCGAGAGAUGGACCACGAGAAACUCAUCACCAUGUGUUUGUCUUUGAUAGACUUGGCUGAGAAGAUCUUACAGCCGGGGGGCUCUCUGCUUUGUAAAUACUGGGACGGGAUCCUCGCUCAGAAACUCCAGGAGAAACUCUCGAGUGUGUUCGGUAGUGUUCGGACCUUAAAGCCAAACGCUAGCAGAAAGGAUUCGUCUGAGAGAUAUUUCUUUGCUAAAAUGUACAGAAAGCCAGUAAAAUUAUCAUAGUUGUUUUUAAAUUUUUCUAAUGUGUAUCCCUAAAUGAAUAAUGUGGUGUGUGUGUUUUCUGAGGAUUCACACAAGUGCACACUGUGAGUGAGCAUUAAGGGGCUUACUUUAUAACUGUGAUCAAAAGGUGGCACUGUUGAGGCAUCAGUAAGGCUCACAGCUGCAGGUACAGACACAUUACAUGCUGUUGGUGCUGAUUUUUUAUCCCUUCAAACUUAACACAGUAGCAGCAGUGAAUCUGUAAUAUGUAAACCUGUGGAAGAAUCAUCGGAGUGAUAUUCCUCAAGAGCCCAACGCUGUCUCUUGUCUCAAGUUAUUGUUUGCCCCACAGUGUUUGUUCUACACAGUCAGUUUGGUAUUUGCUUUGUUACCCAAAGUCAUUUACCAGUGCUGCUCAUGCUAAUAAUUUGCACUGCCAGCCAUGUAGAAAUAUGUAAUCAUUCUCUCAUUGAGAGCUUAUGAAGGGAAAACCUAAUACAUAAGAGUCACAUACAGCAUGACUAAUGGGAAGUGGGAUGAUACUGAAGCUUGGCAUGCUGCAAGUGUUGUCGGACUCUGCUCUGUGACAGUGGAGAGAUGUCCAUUUCCUGGGAAAGUGUUUUCAGCCCAGUAGACAGAUUUUCUUGAAAGAUUCAUCUUUAAAUCACUGUUGCUGAACACUUUGGAAAGUACUCUUUAUUUUGUUUGUGUCUGUGCUUUUCAUACAGAGUUUAAAACCACUGGUAAUGAAAUAAAAGGAUUUUCCUAUCAGAGCCACAUUAUAAAAGACACGACUCAUAUAUUUCAUGUCACAGCAAUCUAUAUAGGGAUUCACAGUAUAGAUCUUGCUGAUAAUGACAUUUCGGCUCUGUGCAUAUGGA